ACAGGUGUGAGAGAAGACGCGUGUUGGAGGAGCAGGUGGAAGCCGGGGGGGUGGGGCACCAUGCCAGCCCGCGCGACUCGCUACUUCCUGCCAACAUGAUCUGGUAUGCACGGCUGCUGUGUCAUCACCCCUAUGCGGUGUUGAGCAGUGUGGUGGUGGUGGUGGUGACGUGCCUUGUGCUGUCUCUCACAGCCCGGCCUCUGCCCUCCUUUGAGGAUCCUUCUCUGGGGUUUGAGGCAAGAGGCACAGAGAUCAGCCAGAGGGCCACGGCCUGGGAGAACCUGUUGGACUCGACACGAGCCAAUGGCCUACUCAGCGUCAACCCGGCAGAUGACCCCACUCUCAGCAAACUGCUCCCCCACAUCACGGACGAGGAUGACAAGCAGGAUAAGAGCAGCGGAGGAAAGAAGAGCCACAAACAUCAGAUCUGCAUCGAGCUGACGACAGAUGGGCCAGUGGAGGUAUCGGACAACUGCAGCACAAGCUCAGGCCAGAACAACACAGGCAUGGGCGAGGAGACUCCUAUGGUGGCCCUGAAGAUCCUCAUGGACAGAGAAGAUAACCCAUCCGAGUACAACCUGGAGGAUGAGUGGGAUCGCCAGAAUCACUAUCCAGAGAAUGAGCAUGAUCACUAUCUUCAUGAUCAUGAACAUUUUGGGGAGGAUGGGUUCUUCUGUAACCCUGUAGUACCAGAAUACGGCCAUGUUGUGGUAAAGAGCACACUCCCAAUGGACUCUUUACUCACACUGAGGCACCUGCACGCCAUAUGCGAGCUGGAUGAGCGGUUACGUUCCCCAGUAGAUUUUGGGCCCAUCUGUGAGACCACAUCCAUUGGCCGCUGUUGUCCUUCUUGGUCCCUCCCCAACUAUGUGGCUCUCCUCUCCAAGCGCUCUUCUUGCAGGGAAAUCACACAAGCUGACGUGGUUGAGGUGCGGCGGCUCCUUCGCAGAUGCGCUCGGCACUUGGACUUACAGCUCGAGGGAGGUUGUAGGGGACCUUCAGGGUGUCAAGAAAUUCCUGAGAUCUGUCGGAAAGAUGAUGCUGUCUACACUAUACUCCAUUAUCUUGCUGAUGCAGCCUUUUUAAAUCCAAAGGUACCAGACCCUGAACACCCUCAGCUUAAUCGCCACAUUGAGCCACACCACAAACACCAGAAGCUGCAGCUCCAACAGCGGCUGAGUUUGACUGCCGUGUUUUUACCUGUGGCACGUAGCUCCGAUGCACUUCCUUAUUUUCAAGCCCUGCAGAAAAUUGACCUCACUGUAGAUAAUGUGACCGUAGCUGCCAUGGAUUUGGGUCUGAAAUAUACUCUGUUUGACAAGUUACUGUUGGAGGACACCUUUCUGUUGGGUGUGGGAGGCAGUGUGGUGGUGGCUCUGAUGUGGUGUUACACGGGAUCCCUCUUUAUAACCCUCGUGACUAUAACGACGGUUGCCUGCGCUCUCAUCAUUGCUUAUUUCAUGUAUAUCUUUAUAUAUGAAAUUACCUUCUUCCCAUACAUGAAUGUGCUCACAGCAGUCAUUGCUAUAGGAAUUGGGGCAGAUGAUACGUUUGUUUACUGCCGGGUGUGGACUCUGGCCAAACAAGACAAGAACGCUGGCACUCUGGUAAAGCUUGUAGGGGAUUCUCUACAUCAUGCUGCAGCUUCCAUUAUUGUGACAUCAUUCACGACAGCUGCAGCUUUCUUUGCAUCUUGCGUUUCACAUAUCACAGCUAUCCGUUGCUUUAGUAUAUUUGCUGGAACAGUGGUCCUGGCCAACCUCCUGCUGAUGCUGACCUGGGUUCCAGCAUGUGUUGUGGUAGCUGAGCGCUGGGGGGCAUCAACAUGCUGUCUGUGCGUCCCUCCAGCGCCAGUCUAUGCUCCACAGUUACCUCCACGUUGCUCAGUUGUCUGUGCCCUUCCGCUCAGACUGUGUUAUUUCUGUGCAGAGUCAGCUCGAGUGUUUUUUGAAAAGAUGCUUCCAUGGGUUGUAGUGAAACCAAGAUACUUGUGGGUGUUGUUACUUGGUACCCUGUCAGCAUGCAGUGCUGUGGUUGUGUUUUAUUUUCCUGGACUGAAACUUCCAGAUUCUCAAGAUUUUCAGUUGUUUUCAAGAGACCAUGUGUUUGAACAGUAUGAUUUGGUGUACAAAUACAAAUUUUGGUUUGAGAGAAAUCUAAGAAGUGAUAUUGUUAAUCGGUUACCAAUACGCAUUGUGUGGGGGAUAAAACCAGUGGACAAUGGUGAUUACUUAAAUCCAGCUUCAAAAGGAACUCUGGAAUUCGAUGAUACCUUUGAUGUAUCACCUCCGGAAUCUCAGGAAUGGCUUCUCAACUUCUGCAGAAAUCUUCGGAAUCAGAGUUUCUACAUGUCCACCCUGGGCCCACUGCUGCCAAAUUGCUUCAUUGAAACGUUAAAAGCAUGGAUGGAGAGGCGAUGCAUUGAUCCUAUAACCGGCAUUGAUCGGUCUCCGUGUUGUGAAGAUUCGAAGUUUCCUUAUCGCAAAGAGGUGUUUAAUCGGUGUAUUCACAAAGGUAUCAAAGCUCUUUACCAAACACCAAGAGAGUACUUCAUCCCUGGAGUGGCUGGACCAAAGUUUAACAGAAACACUGGGAAAGUCGCAGCUGUUGUUGUGGAGUACGACAGCAACAUGAUUUGGUCGCUCUCCUACGAUGAAAUGCAUUAUUUCUUCCAUGAGGUUGACACAUGGGUGAAAGAGCAGCUGAAAGAAGCUCCAGAAGGCAUGAAAGGAGGAUGGUUUACUUCCUAUCUUGAGUUCUAUGAUUUGCAACAGUCUCUCUCUGUGGGGACUGGAAUAGCAGUUGCUGUGGCUGUGGGGGUCAGCUUGGCUGUGUUGGUAAUAACAACUCUCAAUGUAGUUGUGAGCUUUCUUGCCGUUUUAAGUGUUGGUUCUGUCAUUUUAGUGACGCUGGCAACAUUGGUGUUGCUUGGAUGGCAUCUCAAUAUCUUGGAGAGUGUGACAGUGACUGUGGCCAUCGGGUUGGCGGUUGACUUGACUUUGCAUUAUGGUGUGGCUUAUCGUCUGUCUCCAGAAUCAGAACGGGAGGCUGCUGUUUCUUGGGCAGUGGCUCGCCUUGGUAGUCCAGUUUUCAUGGCUGCUGCAACAUCAUUAGCAGCAGGGAUAGCUAUGCUUCCUGCACAAGUUUUGGCAUAUGUUCAUAUUGGCACUUUUCUCAUUGUCAUCACAAGUGCUUCAUACAUCUAUGCCACCUUGUUUUAUUUACCUUUGUUACGCAUUUUUGGUCCAGAAUCAGGUUGCGGGCAACUAUCAUAUCCACAGGUUCAUUGCUGCUCAUGUUGCACACAGAAUUCUCAACCUCAUGUUGAUAAGACAGUUUAUCAGCAAGCCUUCAUGAGUGAAUCAACAUUAUCCACAUCAAGUACAUCGUGUCCAGCUCCACAGACACAUCCAUCAUCCGACACACAUGAACUGGAGCCUUUGACUGCAAUGAGACUUGCUGGAAGAACGGGGUCUCACACACGCUCUGCUCAUAACUCGAGCAGACACAAGGUCAGUCAGGCUCAGCCACCACCUGUAACAGAUACCCCACAGGUUCCCGAUGCAGCUCACCCUGAAGCAAGCAAUGCCUCAGCGACAGGACGAGCUGCAAGGUCAGGAUCGCUGUCAUCCACGGCAUGCAUAAGAGACCAUGCAGCAUUUGUUCCUCGCAAAGUGUCCCUGCCCUCACCUGGGGAGGCUGUUAGUGAAGGUGGAGAGCCCUCCCCGAGACAUGGUGUAGCACCAGCAUCCUCAGCAACGACCAUUCUUUACUCAGAGCCAGAUAUGGACUCUGGUCAGCAGCACCAGCCACCACCAGAAGGAAUUGUAACCUCAGCACCACUCACCCCUGACAAUGGAACACUGGUCGCCUAGGACAGAGGGAAAUAAAUGUUAGAUGUGCGCGGCUGUGAAUAAUAUUGUGUGGUAUUCUCUGGUACUUUGGUGCUGAUGGUGCUAGCUUGGAGUUACCACAAAGUAUUUGUACAUGUGAUAUAUAUUUGCUCAUUUGAUUUGUGUUUGGAGAUGGAAUUGUACUUGCAGUGGAACCAUUUUGGGUGUCUCUUCACUAUGUUUGUAUGUGAGUGACAGUAUUUUUGUUUUGAUUCUUUAUUUUGUCAUUAAUGUUAUUGGUGUUAUGAUUAUUAUUGAUAUUGUUAUCACUAUAAUCCUCAACACUAUCACCAUUAUUGUCUUUUUUUUUAUUGUCUGUUCAGAUGUGCCAUUUUUGUCUUUUGGUUUUACUUAUGAUAUUA